AUUUUCCUGUCCCGUCUGCCAGAAGGCCAUGUACACAUCUACAUAUUAAUAUGAUUAUGUGAGCAUAAUGUGGUCCUACACGUACGCUCAAUCAAACUCAACAUGUUGCGAUCAGUUUUCAAAUCUAACCCAGCCUUUUGCGCUCUGAAGGUCUUGAACAUGCGGCAACUUUCGUCAAGCAAUACUGAACUUCUUCGCAAAGCGAAGCCCGAGAGCCUCGGACAAACCUAUAUGCGCUGGCUGGAAACAUAUCCUCUAAAGACAAAAGCAUUGUCCAGUGGAGUCAUAGCUGGGUUGGGAGAUAUAUUGUGCCAAGUAGGUUUUGAAAACAAAUCUAUGUUUUCUGCAGGAGAUGGAAAUAAAGGAAGCGAGUUUGGCUGGAGACGAUUUUUCGUCUUCAGUGCACUGGGCGGACUAUAUCUCGGACCUGCACUGCAUAUGUGGUACAGAGUGUUAGGAAGGGUACUACCGGGAACCACCCAGCUGGCAGUCGCAAAACGUCUAGCCGCCGAUCAGUUCGUAUUUGCCCCGGUCUUUAUCCCGAGUUUCAUGUCGCUCACGCUCAUACUUCAAGGCAAGAUCGCUGACGUCCCAAAGAAACUGGCAGACGCGUGGUGGCCCACAGUCAAGGCCAAUUGGGCGGUGUGGAUACCCGCGCAGUACAUCAACUUUUCAUUUGUGUCACCGAAUCUGCAGGUUCUAUUCGCUAAUUGCGUUGGGCUUGUGUGGCACGUGUACCUGUCGAAAGUUAGUAACAACGACAAUACCCCAGCAGCGGCUGAUAUAUAGUGAGUGGGAAUGUCUGGUGGAUUGAUUUAUAAGUAGAUAUCAAUGCACUUGUAGCAUAUCAAAAUAGUAUGAGACACAUUAGAAACAUAAGGAGCAGCAGAACCUCAACACUUGUCGGGAAUGACCGAGUGGGUAUCUGUGUAACAAGUAAGAAUACAUGCGACUAACAUCUAUUUUUAAGAUACGUUUGCUGCAUGGCCAUAGUCAAAUAGUCAAUAUCUGUUUUUCUUAAAAUACUAAAUAAACUAAUAAAUAUCAAUACAGAGGC